GGAUAAUUAACAAAAAUGAAAGAAAAUUAUACCUAGAAUGAUGUAAUUUAAAAAUAUGAUAAUAUAAAUGUAAAUAAAUAAUUAUAAGAACUCAAUUCAGGCUUGCAAACUUAAUAGCCUAUGUUUAGUCUGAGAAACCAUACUUCAAGUUUUUCUUCUAGUAGAGCUUUUAAGGAUUAUUAAAAGUAAGAAAGUGAAGAAAAUUAUGUUAGUAGAGGGGAUUUUAAUGAUAAUUCUGAUACAAUAAUAGAGCGUAAGUAGAUAAGCAGAAGUUAGUUAGAAAUUUUACUUUAAUAAUCAUAGAGAUAAAAGUUAAAUUGUAUUUAACCUUUAAAUUCUACUAUUUAUCCAAAAAUUAAUCUUCAUGAGAAAUAACAAGAAAAUAGUAAUAUGGAAUUCAAUCAAGAUUAAUAUGACAGUAAUUUGUUAUAAAAGCUUUAUUCAAAAUAAAAAAGUACUAUAAAAAGUUCUUAAGACACUGAUUCAGAUUGUGCUAAGCAAGAUUCAGAAUAAAAUAUAUUCUAUAAUAAACAACAUAAUUUCAAGAAAGAACUUCCUUACUAAAGAAAUAGUGAUGAACAUUAAUCUAAGAAGUUCUAAAAUUAAUACAAAAAAGAGAUUGUAAAUGAAAAUAAAAAACAUUCGCAAAAUCAAUAAGCUUAGAAAGGAGGGCAAUGUGAACUUUUUAAUAGUAAAAAAGUAUAAAAUUCAGAAGAAAUUAAUUUAAGCUAACUGCUACUGCAGUAGAGAAGAGAAUAACUAUGUAAAGAAACAAAAUAAAUUAUAAAAAAGAAAGAUGAAAAAUUAUGGAAUGUUUUUGUAGUUAGGCUGGGUAUUUUUUAAAGGUUUUUAAGAAAUUUAAAAAACUUAUCCGAGUCAUACAAAUUUAGAAUGAUGAAUGCAGACUAAAAAUAGAAAUUUAAUGAUUUAUCUUUCUUUCAAUCAAAAUAAAAAAAGUUUAAUAAUUCAGCUAGUUUCCAAAAAAUACUUUUAAAAAUAUUUUCUAAAUUUUUUUAAAAAAUAGCAAGUAAAAUAAAAAUAUUUAAUCCGCUCAAUUUUGCAGUAAUUUGCUUAGAAUUGGUGAUGCUAGUGAUUUUAAUUGCACAAAUAUUCAUUUUACCACUUGCCGAUUCAUUUGAUAUUAGCUAUUUGAAAGAUGGAAUAUUCUAUCUUAUAAUUUACACUUUCCCUGUAAUUAUGUUUUCAAUCACUAUUCUAGUUAAAUUAAACACUGGGUUUUUUAAAGAAAAUAUUGUAGUUAGUGAUAGAAAGUAAAUUUUCCUCAAUUAUUACUAAAGGGGUGAUUUAUUUCUUGAUUUUAUUAUUGUUGUUUCUUUUUUGUGGACAAACGGUUUUUAUAAUUAUUUAUUUUUGCUCUUAAAACUUUUCUAAAUUCAGAAUUCAAUAGUAAAAAUCGAUAUAAAAUUUUCGCUCUCUUAAAGAUUUGCAUUUAGCUUUUAAAUCUCAAAACUCAUCUUACUUGUUUUGAUGCUCGCACAUUUAAAUGGGUGUAUUUUUAAUUAAAUUGCAAAGAAUUUAGAAGAAAGCUGGUUGACUAAAAAUAAUUUAUAAAACACGGAUUGGUAUGAGAGAUAUAUAGAUAGUUUAUAUUUUUCAUUUAUCACUAUGGCUACAGUUGGGUAUGGAGAUAUAAUACCUAUUUCUCUUUAGGAGAGAGUAUUUGUAAUUUUUAUGGUUGUUUACAGUUGUGGUGUUUUUGGUUAUAUCCUCAGCAGCAUAGGAAAUAUUUUUUAAGAGAGAGCAUAAAUUAAAGCAAAUUAUAAGAGGUAACUAAUUGAUAUCAUUCAUUAUAUGAGGAUAAGGAAUAUUGAUCAGAUACUCUAAUAAAAAAUUUUUUAAUAUCUGCACUAUUUAGAGAAAAUGGAAGAUUAUAACCACUAAAAGGGACAGCAAAUAGUUGAAAAGCUUUCUCCUGACCUUCAAUAAUAAAUCAACAUAAAUUCUUACUAUCCUUUUCUUAAAAACUCUAAUUACUUUAAACUCAACUUUAAAGAUUCCAUUUUAAUUAACGCUUCUCUUAAAAUGAAGGAACUCACAUUUGGCCCUGGUCAAAUAAUAUUUAACCAGAAUGAUUUAGAUAGCAAAAUUUAUUUUAUAUUGAAAGGAAAAGUUCAACUUUCUAUUAAUAACCACAAUAUUUGUACAAAAGAUGAAGACGACAGGUGCUUUGGGAUAAGCGAGUUUUUUACAGGUGAAUCAAGGAGCUUAUAAGCAAAAAGCAUCUCUGUCUCUUAAAUAUUAUAUUUAGAAUUAAGUAAUUUCUAAGAAGUUUUAAAAGAAGAUCUUUUAGAAUAUGAGAAGUUUUGUUCUCUGAGAGAUUAGAUUAUUUUUAGUAAGAUUUCGGUAGACUAAUCAUGCUAUUUCUGCAAUAAAUAUAGUCACAUCUAUGACUAAUGUCCCUUUUAUACUUUAAAAAAUUAAAGGCUUCUAAUGAUUGAAAAAAGUAAAAGAAAUAUAAAUUAGCUUAGAUAAAAAAUUGAGAGACGCUUUCCCUUUAAAUCUAAUUGCCUUUAAGAUAUUGAAAAAAUAAAGCUGAAUUUAAAAGCAGUUAGAUUAAACUAUAUAAACAAACUUGCAUUUGAUAAAAAUGAAAUGAUUUAACACAUAUAAGAUAAUAUUUUGAUUCAAAACGAUAUAGAAUUUUAUAGGAAUAACAACGCUUUCUAAUAUAAGUAUAAUGAAGAAGAAUAAACAUUUAGUAUUCUUUUAUUAAAUUCUAAUGAAGUAUGUGAUGAAUUUAUGUCAGAGGAGGAUGAAUAAAUUGAAAAUAGUGAUUCUGUUGAAACUUUUGACUAAAUUUAAAAUAAUAACAAUAAGAAAAUUGGUAGAAGUUCAAUAAUAGGAGGUGAUAUCUAUACUGAAGAACAGUAAUUUCCAUCAUCUUCUAUUUUUUAAAACUAACAUAACCAACUUAAAAAAAGAAACUCUAUUUUACCAAACCCUAUUUAAAUGCAAAGUAAUAAUAAUAUAAAUUCUCAUAAUAGUUAUACAGGAGAUAGACUUCAUUAAUAAUCAAACACAAAAAUUCAAAAUUUGUAUCGAUAAGCAUCAUAGAGUUCCUAAAAAUCUUCAAGGAGGUAGUCCAAUUAGUCAUACAAGCGAAAUCCAACUUCUGAUGGUUCUGCUAAAAAAAUUCAAGAUUAACUUUUAUUUAAUUAAAUUGUUGAAAUUUUAACAUAAGUACAGGCAAAAUAAGAAGCUGAUAAAUCAGAUAUGCAAAGUAUUUUUUUAAAAAAUUAAUUUUUUGAUAUUAAUAAUUUUGAUUAAAUGAAGAACUUCACUCGCUAUUUUCCUAAAAGCAAUUUUAUAAAUAUUAUAACAAAGUAUAAUAACCUAAAUUUAAAAAAACAAAGAGCUUAACUUAAAAAAGAUGGAAAAAGUAACAAAAUAAGGCAGGCAUUAAUUUACUCCUCUGCUUUUAAGAAAAGUAAUAGACCUCAUACUUCAUAAUAAAUCUAAAAUACCAUUAAACUAGAUGCUAAAGAUAAAAUCAAAUCAAAUUUUUAAAUACAUUCAUCUCAAGAAAUAAAAGAUGCCAAAUUUAAUUUUAAUAUUGAAAAAUAAUAAAAUAUAACAAAUGGUUUUAGAUGA